AUGACAGUUUACUCGUCAAGUCAAAACCCUGAGUAUGUACAUUCUAAUAUAGCAAGUUGCCUUGGUAUUCCUGAAAAUAAUGUUAGAGUAAUUACAAGAAGAGUUGGUGAAGGUUAUGGAGGGAAGAGCAUGAAAUUUAUAGCUGGUGCUGUAUCUUGUGCACUUGCAGCGCACAAAUUACAGCGGCUCCGACUCCGGCUCCAUCGCCGGCUCCGACUCCAUCGUUGGCUCCGACUCCAUCACCUGCUCUGA